AUGGAUCUUACACUCGCGCUUCGUGAUGCCCAAUAUCCUCCUCUACCUGCCAACCGUCGCGGACAGAAAUUCUCCAAUCUAUCGAUCGCCUUCAUCUGCCUGGCGUUUGCCUUCGUCGUCGCACGCCUUGUAACCCGCCACUUCAUGAAAAGGAAACCAGGCUGGGAUGACUGGAUGAUUAUCCUUUCCAUGGUUCUUGCGAUCGGUCUAACCGCAGCAUUCAACGGAGCAGUCAAAAAUGGACUCGCUCUGUCUACACAUGAAGUGGACCCGAAGCACGUCAUGAUCACAUUCAAGUACAUGUAUGCCCAACAAUUACUGUACAAAGCAGCUUCAUGCUUCACCAAAAUCAGCAUAUUGUUCUUCUAUCUGCGAAUAUUUCAAACCCGGACUUUCAAAAUAUUAACCUACUCGGUUGGCCUCACUACUGUGGGAUACUCUUUGGGAACAAUGGUUGCGUCGAUACUACAAUGCCAGCCUAUUGCGAGAAGUUGGAAUAAAGCUAUUCCCGGCAAAUGCCUUCCAGUCACGUCCCUGUGGCUCAGUACUAACGUGUUGGCCAUAAUCACCGAUUUGGCGAUUAUCCUGUUGCCAGUCUACCAACUUCGACGUCUUCAACUUCCCCUGUUCCAGAAGAUUGGUCUCUUCGUCCUAUUUGGCCUAGGCUUUUUUGUCGUUGCUUGUACCCUUGUUCGAAUCAUCGCUCUCGCGCCUGCAAUGACUGCUAAAGAUACUUUGUACUCCCAAGCUACCUCUAGUAGUUGGCUCUUCAUUGAAAUCGACGUGGGCAUUAUAUGUGCAUGUCUACCAGUCUUAAAGGCCGCGGUCACCAUGGUCUUCCCGUCGAUGAGAAGCCAAAAUGCUUCUCAUCCUAGCCAGUUCACGGAAACCUUUCCGCGGAAGGGCGCUAUGACGAAACAUAUCUUUUCUACCAACAAUCCCCACACACAGCUACACAAUGCCAGCGAUGAGGAAUUCAUUCUACAUGAUGUUAGUGCAGUGAAGAAGACUACGGACAUUGCCAUCACUUAUGAGGAGCCGUCUAAAAAAAUAGUGAAAAUCCAAAAGCCCAAAUGA